AGAAGCAGCAGCAGCAGCAGCGGCGGCCGCGAGCAGCGCAGGAUUGCCACUCUCGUAGUGAGUUUGACCUCGACGGCAGCAGGCAGGCAGGCAGACACUGCAGCAGCUCGCACUCGGACGGACGGCGUUUGCAGGCAGUUUGCGACCCGGAAAUGAUGGGCUCGGUGCGGUAGAGUCAGGGCUCAGGGCAAGAUGGCGGCGGCACGCAGCACCCUGGUGUACCUGCUGGCGGUGCUAUCCUACUCGUGCAUCAGGUGCUUCGUUCUGGAGGGCUCGCAGUCCUCGUACGCGCAGUUCCACAAAUGGAACGCAGGACUGAACGGCUCGCUCGAGUUCGAGUUCAAGACCGAAAUCCCGAACGGCCUGCUGCUGUACACGGACGACGGCGGCACCUAUGACUUCUUCGAGAUCAAGCUGGUGGAGGGCGCCCUGCGGCUCAGGUACAACCUGGGUGGCGGCGCGCAGAUGCUUACCGUCGGUAGGGAUCUGCACGACGGCCACUGGCACAAGGUCCACGUGCGCAGGCGGCACGAGAGGACCAGCUUGACGGUUGACCAGGUCACCCAGAGCAAGACCUCCAGGGGCAAGGAGUUCCACUUCGGCAACCUGGCCACCAACUCGGACGUUUUCAUCGGCGGCAUGCCCAGCUGGUACAACACCAGGUUGACCCUGCUGGCGCUGCCCAGUGUCAUCUUCGAGCCCCGCUUUGGUGGCAGCAUCCGCAACCUGGUGUACGCCAGUGAGGACGGCGUGCCGCGCAGGCAGGAGAUGAAGAUGAAGGACUUUAAGUGCGCCACCCCGAGUUGCAGCAUUUCGGUGGCCAAGAGCGGCAAGAGCACCAGGGGCGUGCGAGGCAACUCGAGCGACGCCUGCGAGGACCACGACCCAUGUCAGCACGGCGGCAUCUGCAUCAGCACCGACAGCGGCCCGAUCUGCGAGUGCCGCAACCUGGACUACGAGGGCGCCUAUUGCGAGAAGGACAAGGCUCCAGCGGAGGCAACUUUUCGCGGCAAGGAAUUUCUCUCGUACGACCUUUCAAAGACAGGCGCAGAACCCAUCGUCAGCACGCAGGAUUCCAUUUCACUGAGCUUCAAAACGAGACAACCCAAUGGACUUCUUUUUUAUACAGGUGAUGGGACCGAUUACCUGAACCUGGCGCUUCGUGACGGAGGUGUAGUGCUGACCAUGAGCCUCGGAAAUGGCAAGCUAGAGUUCCAGAUCAAGCCGCACAGAGUCCGCUUCGACGACAACCAGUGGCACAAGGUCACAGUGCACCGCAAAGUUCAAGAGAUUGCCGAAGUAACGAGUUUCUGCAGGCUCUCGGCAGUGGUGGACGGCGUGUAUGCGGAACAUGCUAACACAGCCGGAACGUUCGGCGUGCUCUCCUCCAGCCGAGUGUACGUGGGCGGAAGCGAAAACACCCACGCGCUGCCCGGCUCCAAAAUUCACAACAAUUUCAUCGGGUGCCUACGCAAGGUGGAGUUUUCGGCCGACACUCUGCGCCUAAAUAUGAUUGAUCUGGGUCGGACCGGCAGCAAACUGCUCACCAUGGCGGGCAGUUUGGACUUCAUGUGCCAGGAGGUGGAGGCUGCAGACCCGGUUACCUUCACCACAAAGGACUCCCACCUGCUGGAGGAGGAAGAAGAAGCGACGCCGGUACCAGACGACGAGCGAGUUAUCACUUUCUUCACCGAGCAUUCCUACGUGGUUUUGCCCUCGUGGGACGCGCCGCGCACCGGAUCCAUAUCAUUCAAGAUCCGCACCAACGAGCCAAAUGGACUACUCAUGUACAGCGCGGGCACCACUUCGGCACACGCCGACUUCUUCGCCUUCGAGGUGCUAGCAGGACACGUUUAUCUGCACCUGGACCUGGGAUCAGGCACCACUCGAGUGCAGGCAUCACCGCGGCGCAUCGACGACGGCGGUUGGCACGAGAUCACCCUCAGGAGGAACGGCCGCGAGGGCAGAGUCACCGUCGACGGCUCCGCAGCCGACUUCAAGACACCAGGCGAGUCGAACCAGCUGGACCUUGAAGGGGCACUCUACGUCGGCGGUUUGGGACCACUGAAUAGAGUGGUUUCGGUGCCUCCCUCGAUUUGGUCAGCCGCUCUGAGGCACGGAUACGUCGGCUGUCUGCGCGAUUUAGUAAUCAACGGCAACGCGGUUGACGUCGCCGGUUACGCCAGAAGACAGGACUCAGGAGCGAUUCGUCCCUCGUGUCGGUCGCAGCCAAAACAGUGUGAGUCUAAGCCCUGCAUGAAUGGCGGCCAAUGCGCUGAAGGAUGGAAUCGCUUCGUUUGCGACUGCUCAUCUACCAGUUUCACCGGCCCAAGAUGUGCUAAAGACGCGGCCACCCUGAGUUUUAACGGCACACAGUUCCUGCUGGCCAGCUACCCUGAGGAAAUGAGGACUCAGGCCGAGGAAAUCAGUCUGCGUUUCAUGACUUCCAGACCAUUGGGACUUCUUUUGUUGACGGCAGGGUCAACGCACGCUUCCGACAGGCUGGAACUCACUUUGUCCGGCGGCAGGGUCAGAUUGGCUGUGCGGCUUGCGGAUCGGGAAAAGGUCCUUCAAGCCGGUCAAAGCCUGAACAACAAUCAAUGGCACACGGUGAGGUACUCGAGGAAGGGCACACUUUUGAAGCUGCAAGUCGACGACGAACCUCCGGCGAGUGCGGAAACCCUGAGCCGCCAAAUCACGCUCGAGUUUCGCAGGCUCCACGUAGGUAGCAUCGCCACCGGCCAGGGGGACGAGGUCUCCACCAGCAGCUUUGUUGGUCAGAUGCAGCAACUCUACUUCAACAACCAGCAAUUCUUUGAGCAGGCGAGAACAGGCCACCAUCACGGAGGCCCCGCUUCCAUAAAGGUGACUGCCAAGUUUGGUAAACGGGAGCAAAUCGUGCACCACCCGGCGACCUUCAAGUCGAAGCACGCCUUCGUGGGUUUGCCCAUGCUCAAAGCGUACUCCUCGACCAACAUCUACUUCCAAUUCAAGACCCAGGAGCCGAACGGCUUGAUUCUUUUCAACGCGGGCAAAGAACAGGACUUUAUUGCCAUCGAGCUCGUUCACGGUCACAUCCACUACAUCUUUAAUCUGGGCGACGGCCCAGUCAGGGUGAGGGACAGCGGGCGGUCGGCUCUGAACGACAACAAGUGGCACGCUGUCACCAUCGGCAGACCCACGUCCAGGCAGCACACACUGCUGGUCGAUGACAAUUUUUCGAUUGUCACCGGGCUCGGCCUGAAUGAGAACCUCGAUCUCGCUGGCAUCCUCUAUAUUGGUGGUGUCAGGAAAGACAUGUUUUCGCAGCUGCCCAAGCAGAUCCAAAGCAGGCACGGCUACGAGGGGUGCUUGGCCAGCCUCGACUUGAAUGGCGAGUCACCUAACUUGGUAGUCGACGCGGAAAUCCCUAGCACCAUGGUCGUUGCUGGAUGUGAAACGACAUCGACCAAGUGCAGCCACAAUGUGUGCGCCAACAGGGGAAUGUGCAUGCAACAGUGGAACUCACAAACCUGUGACUGUGAUUUGACCUCUUUCACCGGUCCAACGUGUUCAGAAGAAUCAAUCGCCUUCGAGUUUGGGCCUGGAUCAGGAAUGAUCACCUUCACAUUCCCUGAGGAUCACAGGCCUGAUAUGAGAAGUGACGUUCUGGCGAUGGGUUUUAUCACAACGAAGGAGGACGCUGUACUCUUCAGGGUCGAUUCAGGAUCGUCCAAUGACUACAUGGAGUUGGAAAUUGUUGAGGGUAACGUCUUUAUGGUGUACAACAUGGGCACCAACGACCACCCGAUCGGUGAGGUCGGGGUCAAAGUGAACGACAACCAGUACCAUGUUGUGAGGUUCACGAGAUCAGGGGCGAAUUCCACUUUGCAGAUAGACGACUAUAGCGUGCAAACGUUAAACCCAGGAGGCAACCAACUGGGGGUAUUCAACAGCCCGUCACAAAUUCAAAUCGGUGGCAAGUGGCACCGAUCGAAGCACCGAAUGGAAAGGCCGUUUGUUGGCGUCAUGGCUGGCCUGGUCUUCAACGAAAUUCGCAUUUUGGACUUGGCAGCUGACAAGGACUCGAGAAUCACCAUCAAGAAUGAGGUUCAGCCGAUUCCAUCCCUGCCCGCGCACAUCAAAGAAAAGCCCAUGAUUCCCAACGUGGAGAUGCUCCACGGAAUGCAGCGGGCGCCGGCGUCCAGUUUCCCAGGUGUGAUGGACGACCUCAUCUUUUCUGGUGCAGGAUCAGGGUGCAACGCCGACGAUGAAGAUGAAUGCACUCCGAUAUUUGAUACAGGUUCAGGUGACGAUUUGAUCACACCAGUUUAUGUGCCACCAACGCGUCCACCACCAACCAAAGUUUUCGGAAAGAAAAUUAAGAGUGACAAGCCUUGCGACGAUGAGGACUGCUUCCCUGGAUCAGGUUUUGGUCCAGUCACUGAGGACACAAUAAUUUCAUCCAGCAGAGGACCAACAACCGGAAUUUCGAUGCCUGAAUCAUCCUCACCGCACUUCGGCCAAACGUAUGGCGGCAGCAGCGGUGGCUCGCCGGGUAGCACAGGUGUUCACCAGGUCACCUCCAUCAUCACCUCCGAAAUCCCCUUCAGCCCCGACCUGGUCGACCAGACAAGUUCGAGCAGCGGAGGCAGCAGCAGCUCGAGUAGCUUCCCCUCUUCCUCAGUAGGCACCAGCAGUACAAGCAGCAGCAGCUCUCCCUCGUCCACAUUCUCUUCAUCCUCCACAAGCAGCAGCACAAGUACAACCAGCACGACAGAGGCGCCACCGCCGCCCCCUCCACCACCUCCUCACCCGCACCCAACGCCCUCCAAGCCUCGCCUAACCCCGAAGGACAGGGAGCGCAUCUCCUCGGAGGCUGCCGAGUACACAGCACUCGUGAUUGGGGUGAUAGCAGCGACGAUGAUCAUCAUCAUUCUGGUUAUCCUGAUCAUCCUCAAGUUCAAGGGGCGGGCGGACGCCUCGUACAAAGUGGACGAGAGCAAAAACUACCACCAAGGCUACGGCGCACAGGCGGCCCUGCUGAACGGCAGCCAGGCCAACGGAAUGCACAACGAGAAGGGCGGCUACGGGGUGGGCAUGCCGCCCCUCAACCCCGCUGUGGGACCAGUCAAAGUCGUCAAGAAACAGAACAACAAAGACGUGAAAGAGUGGUACGUGUAAAGGAGACGCACACGCGUGUAAAUGACUCGCUCUCGCGCGCGCCAGCCUGCUGCAAGAUGAAUUUCUAGCCGAAUGUGAGAGAAAGAGAAACGAAAGCCCUCCAGACAAAGAGAGAUACUCACUUGUUCACUGAGUGCGUGUAUUUUUAGCCGCCGAGCCCAAGAUAAAUCCAAGUGCGUGCGAAAAAACUGUCUAGGAAGCAGUAUUACUAAAAGAUAUAAUUAUAUAUAAAGAGACGUGAUGAUGAUUAAAUGCUUAAAGUAUAAAGCCACUGUGAGGAUAUUAGUUUCGCAAUAUAUUUGUUGCUGCAACCUAUCUUCCGUCAAGAUUGAUUUCUUCUGCCUUGGCGGAUGAUGAAUUGAAGCUAAUAUCCUCUCGCGAAAGUAUGAUGUAUCUAAAGGUGCUGUAGGAGAUGAUCUAAUUGAGAAAAUGAUUGUGUGAAACAUAACUUAUUGACAAUGAUCGAAGAAUAUGCUGUGCUUGUGAGAUUAAAAGCUUUGUUCCAGGACAAGCAUGGGGUACAUAAAGUAUUAUGCGUUGUUGAAAGCACAAAUACAUGAUAUAGUUGAAAUAAAUUUUUUAAACGGAAGAAGUGUGAUGCUGAUGUAAUACGGAAGAGCUGAAAAAUCUGACAUGAAUAUCAACGAACCUAAGAAAAACAUUGAAAAUUAAUCAACAGGGUUCUCCUUUCGUAAAAAUUAGAAAGUGUGUAAAAUACCGAGAAAUUGAAUAGCAAUAUUAGAAGAAAGAUGAUCACAGGAUCUAUUCAUAUUUGGUCCAGAAACGCCCACAGUGAAAAUUUAUCCAGAGCCGAAAAGCAGAUUUUAGAGUAUAACAAAAUCAAUAGACUCUCAUUUCUGAAUGGAAGCAGGUUACGAUUCAGCAAAUAUAUUGGAAAUUGAAACAUCAUAUUGAUGUUUUGUCAUGUCUAAAAUGGCCAUUUGCAAAGGGUUAUUUUGCAAAGUGCGCUUAACAGGUGUGCCAAAAUAGCUUUCAAAGUUGGCGAUUUUGAGCAAAUCUGGUGUUUUAGAUGUUCUAAAGGAUUAAAUUUAGAAUGGUUGUUUUGCUGGAUUGUGACACAGCAACUGUUUGCUUGUUUUCUUGGCGAUUAUUCAAAAGAUUUGAAGUGCUGUUGAAAAAAAUAAUACUAUUGAAAAGGCACAACUUGAUGUGUCGCUGUUUCCAGAAAAUCCAUUCUGCUAUGCAGGAAAAUCGAGUGGGUAUGCCAGCGUGUGAAGAGCUGAAAGUUUCUAAUCAGAAAGAUAAAUUCAAGUCACACCCUCGUCUUGCAAUUGAAAUUUUCCACUUUAGAAACCUCAAUCUCAUCAUUGUUGUUAUUAACAAGUGAAAAAUCGUGAUUUAUAAAACUAGUGCAUAAUAUCUACUUCAAAAUUCUCCACCUUUGUCCUUAUUUGAACCAAAAUCAAUGUCAAUCAGUAUUAUAUCCACCGCAACUACAUUACACUAAAAUAUAAAAAAGAACACAAGUGGAGAAAAAAAAUGUUGUUUCACUGUUAAAAUUAUUGCAACUAAAUGUGGAGCAAGUCGCAACUUUUCAGCAUAAAAAGCUAUCUUAUCAUGGGGCGUGCAUGAAAUUACCAGAGUAUGACAUUUUCCAAUUUGAUUUCUCGUGGAUAUUGCAAUUUUAAAUGUGUAGUAGGAAUAAUCAGCAUUACUAGCCAAUUCAGUUGCUGCAUUUACUGGUUCAUUCCAAUGCACUCAUCCUCUCACUGUUCUAUGACCCUACUCCGUACAUGAGUUUUGAUUCCAAUGCACUGAACUCACGAAAAAACCUUGUUUCAAACGAAUGAUUUCUCAUUCUGGUGGCUGAGGAGCAAAGGUAAACUGCAUUUUCAAAUUGCUAUAAAUAUGAAAAGACUGAAUACGUAUGAAAGUCGUAAACUUGUAGCUCUGUUGAGUUGUUCGACCGAUUUUGUGGUUUGUUAAGUUUAAAUGGCUUCCCUAUCCCUUGCACUGAUUACCAGCCGUUUCUUUGGAUACACACGUACAUAUAUGGGCAUUAUAAUCCGCAACAAGAUAAAAUUGCAUACUCGUUGAUUGUGGUAGGCGAUUUUUUGCGUUAGUUUUUGUACAUGAUUAUUUGUGAACAAGAAAAUGUGUAUGCAAUAAAGAUAUUUCAUUUCAUGAAUGAUGAAUAAUAAAAA